AAGCCUGAUAUCGAUAGUCGAAAGAAAUACCGAGAUACGGUUGCAUGGUUUUCGUUUGACAGACGUAACGUUGUGACGUUGAGUUGAUUUAAUGUGUUGAAGAGUUGUGCUGUUAGUUCGGCUUUAUGUAAUUUAUUAUGGCAGUGUUUCAUCCAACUCAUAAUGGUGAUAUAGUUCAUCUAAAUGUUGGCGGAACAAGAUUUUCGACUUCUCGCCACACCUUGAUGUGGGUGCCAGAUUCUUUCUUCACAGCCCUUCUUAGUGGCAGAAUAUCAAGUUUACGAGAUGAAAUGGGAGCCAUAUUCAUAGAUCGGGACCCUAAGCUUUUUGCUACUAUUUUGAAUUAUUUAAGAACAAGGGAUAUUGACUUAAGUGUAGAUAUACGCGCAUUUCGGCAUGAAGCAGAAUAUUAUGGAAUUGCUCCAUUAGUGAAGAGAUUGAUGUUAUGUGAAGAUUUAAGUCAGUCUUCAUGUGGUGAUGUUUUGUUUUAUGGAUAUCUUCCACCUCCAUGUAUACCAGUACAAGAUCCUGGCAUGGUGUGCUCAUCAUCUCCACCUGGUGACAACUCUACAGCUGUCCAUGCAGCAGCUCGUCCAGGCUCAAUCAUCCGUGUUCCAACGGAUCUUAAUACUGCAUCAGCAGCAUCUACCAAUGGCAGUACCACAUUGAGCACAGCUCAGCCAUCAUCAGUGUCAUCUUCCUCAUCUUCAGCUUCAUCAUCAGCAUCUUUGUCGUCAUCUGUAAUCACAACUGUCAGUGCUUCAGCCCAAGUACCUGCACCUUUGCCUCUUUCAGUUCCUCCUACACCUAUAGUCACCCCUCCAUCUACUGCCACAUCAGUGUUGGCUGCUGUAACUAUUAACCCCAUGUUGCCAACUACUGCUGGUAAUGGGAUUUUAUUACCUGGUGCACAUACCCAUGGAACACAUCCACAGCCUACCCAGUGGUCUAUGCCAGGCCACUCACGAAAUUCAUCCCUUGAUCUACGGGUGUCAUCCAACGGUUGCGCAGCAGUAGCUUCUCGGAGCUCAAACGACAUCCGCAAUAUGGCCGGUCGAUCCACUGUUGGUCACUCCAGGGCUGCUUCCUUAGAUCUUCGUCAUACACGCAAUUCUUCAGCAGACCUCAACAAGCUUUUUCGUAAUGAUGUGGGUCUUGUUUUUGGGGCUCAUCAAGGAUCUAACUGGACAGAUCCACUGAGAGUUCAGAUUGUUAAGGCCCAUCACAACUGGAUAGCUGUAGCUUAUGCCCAUUUUGUAGCUUGCUAUAGAUUAAAAGAUUCAAGUGGGUGGCAGCAUGCAUUUACUAGUCCUCAUAUUGAAAGCUGCAUUGAGAGGAUAGCCAUCAAUGCCAAGAUGGGACAAGGAGGUGGUGGGGAGGCAUCUUCCAAAAUGGUGGCCAUCUCAUACGGUAGCCAAGUUCGACUUUGGGGGGUGUCCGAGGAUGGAACAAGGACUAACGUAGGAACAUUCAACCUGCAUGUAAGAGUGGAAUAUUUGUUCUUCAUUGGAAGCCAGUUGGUAGCAUUGUCACCUACAGGAAAGAUAGGAGUGUGGCAUGCAAUGACUCAGCACUGGCAGAUCCAAGAUGUAGUGCCUAUUGCAUCAUUUGACACGGCAGGCUCAUUUCUGUUACUUGGCUGUAAUAAUGGUGCAAUUUAUUAUAUAGAUAUGCAGAAAUUUCCACUCCGCAUGAAAGAUAAUGAUUUGCUAGUCACAGAGCUCUACCGUGAUCCUUCUAAUGACCCCAUCACUGCCAUCUCUGUAUAUCUCACACCGAAAACAAGUUUGUGUGGCAACUGGAUUGAAAUAGCAUAUGGCACCAGCUCAGGGACAGUCCGUGUUAUUGUGCAGCAUCCUGAAACAGUGGGUCAUGGUCCACAACUAUUUCAAACAUUCACUGUUCAUCAAAGCCCUGUCACCAAAGUGACAUUGUCAGAGAAGUUCCUUGUAUCUGUAUGCAGCGAAUAUAAUCAUGUUCGCACAUGGAGUGUUACUAGGUUCCGAGGAAUGAUCUCAACACAGCCGGGUUCCACACCCGUUGCAUCUUUCAAGAUUGUUUCUCUGGAUGAGGUGGAGCCUUAUAUCAGUUAUGCAGCAGGAAAUGAUUGUGGUCCCUUUGGUGAACAGGAUGACGAGCAGGUCUUUGUUCAGAAAGUCGUACCAGAAACAGAUCAACUCUUCGUAAGACUUGCAUCAAAUGGAAAGAGGGUUUGUGUAAUAAAAGCUGUUGAUGGCACUGUCAUCACUUCAUUCUGUGUUCACGAAUGUGAGGGCUCCAGUCGCAUGGGAUCUCGACCUCGCAGAUUCAUAUUCACUGGUCACAGUAAUGGAGCCAUUCAGAUGUGGGAUCUGACCACAGCUCUGGAUCUUGCAGCUAAAGGAGAGCCAGCCACACAGAUUUCUGGAGGGCCUACAGCAGAAGAACUUCUGAAGCUCCUCGACCAGUGUGACCUCAGUAACAGUCAUUGUUCAACCCCAUGUAUCUCACCAUGCCCAUCAAUGGCUGCAACAACUGCCGCUCGCAUCAAAGCGUCAAAUGUUGCAUUUCUCAAUCAAUCCCAAGAGGCACCAGAGCGUGGUGGAAGUGGUGCAGGAAGUAUUCCGUGCUGAAAGUUCAAAUUAUCAGUAACAAUCCUGUUUCUAUGAUAUACAGAGUGUCAUCUAUAAACUGGAUCAAGGGUAUUAUAAGAGGUGAUUUUAAGCAGCUUUGUCUAGGAUAUUGCACUGUUUAUUUUUAGGAAAAACAUUCUUAAUAAAUUUUGUUUUGCAGAUAUCAGCAACAAAUGUUAAAGUUAACUUCUGAGAAACCAAUAUGUUGGGUUUUUAAAUUCUAAUACUUUUUUACUUAUGGCUUUGUGCACUUCAACCCCACAUCAUACUACCUGCAUUUUACUUGUACUCUCUUUUGUAUACCUGAUGCAAAACAGGUGUGACAAUUUGCUCUGGAUGAAUAAAUUAGCCAAUGAUUGCUAAAAUUUACCUUGAA